AUGAAGAGAACAGACAGAGAAGUAUCAACAUCUACUGCAGCAGGAGGAGGAGUAGGUGUAGAAGAUACAGCAGCAGCAGGAGCAGCAGGAGCAGGCAGCAGCAGCAGCAGCAGCAGCAGCAAAGGAUGGAUGACAGAUUUUCGUUGUUUUUUAUGUACAAGUAUAGAUUAUGUUAGUGAUAAAGAAACACAAUUAGAGAUAGAGAAGAAUGAAUUAGAGGAAGCAUUAAUUGAAUAUAAGGAGGAUAAUUGCAUGCAUAUAUUAUUAUUGCAGCAGCAGCAGCAGCAACAGCAGCAACUGCAGCAGCAACUGCAGCAGCAGCAGCAACAAUAUGAAGAAAAAAAUAAAUUCAUCAAAAUUACACAACAAGAAUUACAACAAAUACAACAACAAAGAGAUCAACUGCAGCAGCAACAGAUACAGACGGAGAAGUCUUUGGCUCUUCUUAGAGAACGAUUAGAUAAAAGCAUGACUACUCUAUUACAAUCAGAGCCAAAGUCUGUGGAGGUAUUUGCGGAGAAAUUACAACAACUUUAUCUUGGCGUUAAUGAGGUCAUGGCUAAUGCCUUCCCUGCAGGAUCUGCUGUUGCGACUGCAGCAGCAGCAGCAGCUGCAGCAGCAGCAGCAGCAGCAGUAGCUCGGCGUGAGAAUUCUGCUGCUGCUGCUGCUGCUGAUACUGGAGGUCCUCCUAUAGGUAGCCCUAAGGUACCAUCGAAGACAGCAGCAGCAGCAGCAGGAGGAGGAGCAGCAAAGAAGAAGAAGAAGAAAGGAGUAAAGAAGACAACAGGAAAGAAGAAGAAGACAACAGCAGCAGGAGCAGCAGCAGCAGCAGCAGCAAAGAAAAAAAAAACAAAGAAGACAGCAGCAGCAGCAGCAGCAGCAGCAGCAACAAAGAAAAAGACUUCCUCUAUUAAGACAAAUAAAAAGACAAAAGGAAAAACAAUUAAACAAAGACAGGUGAAGAAAAAGGGCACACAGGCAGCUGUAGCAGCAGAAGCAGCAGCAGCAGCAGCAGCAGCAGCAGCAGCACCUGCAGCAGCAAGCAGCAAACAGGAAUUGGCUCCUUCAGUGUCAUCUGCUUCUAUUCGUCUCAGUCAGGAGGCCGGCCUACAACCAAUAAAAAGUAGCAGCAGCAGCAGCAGCAGCAGCAGCAGCAGCAGCACUGCUGUUGGAUCUCUGCAGCAGCAGCAGCAGCAGCAGCAGCAGCCGCAGCAGAAACUCCAGCUGCUGCUGUAUCCAACAGUAGAUAAUAAACCUGCAGACAAUGAUGCUGCAGAGGAGUUGCUGCGUGCACGUUUAGCUCUGCAGCAGCAGCAGCUGCAGCAAGUGCAGCAGCAGCAGCAGCAAGUGCAGCAGCAACUAGAGCAGCACCAGAAGCAGCAGCAACUGCAGAAGCAGCAGCAGCAGCAGCAGCAGCAGCAAGUGCAGCAGGAGAGGAGACAGAAGUACAACCCCCCGCAGUACGCCCGUCCCUACAACCAGCAGCAGCAGCAGCAGCAACAACAAAAACAACAGCAGCAGCAGCAGCAGCAGCAGGAGGAGCAGCAAAGAAUUGGAUAUAAUUCGUAA